AAAUGAUCCCUGUUUUGGACUUGGAAUUUCACUAGAGCACCGGCGGCGUGGUUGCGGGCGGCGGCGCUGGUUCGGCUCCUUCGCUCGGCUCGGCUCCGCCACCGCGCCGGAGGCUAGGGUUCUGCGAGGCGGGAGGCGUACGCGGCGGCGGCGACAGUCGACGGAGCUUCCGGAGCAGGAGAGCUCCGACGGCGCACGCUCCUGCGGCUCCUCCUGCUUCCCGUCCAAUCUCGCGACGCCCCCCGGGCAGAUUCGAGGACGACCGGAGGCGGCGAACGGCGACCCCCCCGCCGGAUACCGGCAGACUAGGUUUUCUUUGUUAGCAUAAGCUUGUGAAAAUUUAGCUUGUUUCUUACUUAUGGAUAACUCACACGAACAGCCAUUACCCCCUGGUGUCGGGGCAUGGCCGCCGCCACCUUCCAUUCAUCCUGCAAAAUUUCAACCUAAUCCACAGCCUUAUGCAACACCUUAUGGCGCUACACCCAACAAUGGCAGCAAUCACAAUGCAGCGAGCUACUCUGCUGCUGCACAACCCACCAUGCCUUUCCCUAACAUGGAUGCUGGGGGUGCACAAUCAAAUCAGACAGCUCAUGAAGUUUCCAACCAUAAUGAUAGUGCAGCAGACAUUGAAUCUGCUGUCCAAGAGGCUGUUCUUCGUGAACAGGACAUUGAGACUCAGCAAGUCAUACAAAAUCAAAGACAAGCAAAAGCAACAAUUGAGCCUACGCAGUAUGGAGAAGACCUCCUUUCAAACCGCCGCAACCCUAAUGCAUUGAAGGAGCACUUACUAAAAAUGACAGCCGAGCAUCGUGCAGAGAUGGCAAACAAAAGGGGGAAGCCGCUUCAUGCAGAUAAUGGCAAUGUUGAAAUUGGCAAUGGCUAUGGUGUACCAGGAGGGGGUGCUUAUUAUGCUGCAAACAUGUCAAGUGGUCAAAUGAAUAAACCCAAGGAUAUAGCUGAUAAAGCAAAAGGUGCCGAUGAUCUCCCUGAAUUUUUGAGGCAGAGAUUAAGAGCAAGGGGUAUUCUUAAAGAUGAGGCGACAAAUAAUAGAUUCACGAUUAAACAAAAUGUCGAUUCUCCAGUAGGGCAGAUAAAAGCUGCCCAAGAGUUGCCUCCUGGUUGGGUUGAAGCAAAAGAUCCAACAAGUGGUGCUUCUUAUUUCUAUAAUCAGAGCACUGGAACGACCCAAUGGGAUCGCCCUGGUGCUCCUUUGAACACCAUGCAACAUCAAGCUCCUCCAUCCUCGUCCUUGCCAGAGAAUUGGGAGGAGGCACUUGAUCAAUCAACAGGCCAGAAAUACUAUUACAAUACAAAUACACAAGCAACACAGUGGGAGCCGCCUACUGCUGUGAACCCAGGUGUUGCGCCUCAUGCUCCCACCAAUGCUGCUGUUGAGAUGGCUGCUCAAAAUACAGAUAUUUGGAACUCUCAAAUGCAGAGAUGUUUAGGCUGUGGUGGAUGGGGUGUAGGUCUUGUCCAGCCAUGGGGUUAUUGCAAUCACUGCACAAGGGUUCAAAAUCUUCCUUUUCAACAGUAUCCAUCCUACCCAAACAAUACUACACACUCAAGCAGUAACAAAAAUCCAGGGAAUGUAGCAGCCAAGGACAGAUCAAGCGCAAAACCUCCAUUUGGCAAAGCAAACAGAAAAGAUCACCGCAAAAGAAAUCGCCCUGAGGAUGAUGAGCUUGACCCGAUGGACCCAAGCUCUUACUCAGAUGCUCCACGGGGUGGCUGGGUUGUUGGCUUGAAGGGUGUGCAGCCACGGGCAGCAGAUACUACUGCAGCUGGACCUUUAUUCCAACAAAGACCAUAUCCGUCACCUGGUGCUGUGCUGAGAAAAAAUGCAGAGGUUGCAUCUCAUGGCAAGAAACGUGGUAUGGCUCCGAUCACCAAAAGAGGGGAUGGCAGUGACGGUCUCGGGGAGGCGGAUUAGAUCAAUCGUCGUAAAUUUUCCUUGCAACCCAGUGGACUAGCGGUCAUUUUGGCUUUGGCAAUGACUGAAACAUCGGUGCACUGUCGUCCAAAAAGAAGCAAACUGUCAGCAGUAAAUCACUCCAGUGCAGGAGAACCCAGAGCUGAGUGCAUUGUGAGACUGAGCUUAAUAAGAUUCACAUCCUAAAUGUGCCCAUGGUGUAAUUCUCGUGAAAUCUGCAGAAGUUUUCGGUGUAAAUUUUUGACAGGGUGAAAGAAUUCGCAACAGGAAUAGUGAUGUAGAGCUAAUGUGUAAUUUUUGGUAUUAACCGAAACAGUUCUGUUGAAUACUAGAAUCUAGGGGUUGUUUUGUGGAUAAUUCGACCUGUUAAUGCUACCAUCUUAAUGGAAUUUAACGUAUUAAUGCUAGAAUAUGUAAUUCAUGCUA